AUGUCGAAGUUCGAGUUCGGAAGAUUGAUCAACAACUGGGACGCAUGGAGCCUAGAGCCGUCGUUGGACCAGUCUCACCAUCUGCCAGAACCAGAAUAUGUCAACUUGUUCAAUCUCGGACUCAAGGGGAAGAUGAAGCACCCAGCGGAAUUCAAUCAAUGGCUGGCUGAUGUGACGCGUGCUCUGGACUCUGUUGGGCUGAGAGCACUCAUUAGCGAUACCGCACGACGACCUGUCCGAUUGGACAACUCCAGCAUGAGAUGGGUGCUUUACUCAAAACAGGUAGCUUUGUGGUUGGAAACUACAAUGACAGUCGACAUGGCUGCAUCCAUCAAAGCUCAGCCUGGUCCGCUUAUCUUUGCAGACAGCUUUAUGAAGAAGGCAAAGAGAUGUUUCCAGGUGUAA